CAAAAUAAUGACGCAAAUUCUUUUCCAGCGUGUAUAUUUUGAAAAUGAUACCAAAAAUUUACAAUAAAAACGGUUUUGUCAAUUGUGUUUUUGUAGGCAUUAUUGUGUUGUAUUCAGUGUACAUUUUGAAGCAGUUGUUGACCUUGUUUGUGAAGGCAUUGUUUAGAAUCUAAAUCAUAUGUGGUAGUAAGCAUGUUGAUCAGUAAAGUACCAGACAAUGAAGAGGGGAAGGGGGAGGGUGUGGCCGUGCAGGCUGCUGCAACUGAUUCACAUCAUGAUUAUCAGACUGCAAACGAACUGUUUGAGUUCAUGGCGAAGAAUCAGAACUUCAACACCGGCGACAUGGACAAGCUAACUACCAGAGACCUAGUGCUUCUGUACAAGAACAUCGACCUUGGGACAAAGCUUAUGUCGAAUGCUAAUGAACUCGGGAACAGGAGACCGAACCAGCACGUGGAGACUGUGGUGUACGACGAACCAGAGUCCGAUGGCUCCGACGUCAGCGAAAUCUACAGCAACGAGGACCUCACAAACGUGUACCUCAUCAACGAUGAGAAACUAGACCUCAUCAAUACUCCGUCUACUGCAGAAAAUACUUUGUGCCAAAAAAUAGGAGACCUUGAGAUGCACACUUCUGGGCUCACCACUGAGUACGAUAAGCAUUUCCUCUUCAAGGAUACCUACAUCAAUGAACAACUCAAAAGUAUGAAGUUCAUGAACAAUGCCUCCGACACAAACACAGUACUCCCGGCUUCCUUACUCGACUACAUAUGUUGCAAACGUUUGGAAGACAACUACAACUUUUAUAUGGACAACAUUAUCCGAUACGUAAAACAUACAAUAGAUCAACUGAAGCGCAUUAGUAAUGGUGACUAUUUAACUGACAGAGCAAAAGAGAAGUGGCUUGAAGGCGAGAGUGCUGUGGAAGAUCACUGCCAUGUCAAUACUAAAGCUGUAGCGACAUCUUCUAGCAUCCCGAUGCAUGUGGAAAGAAAGAUUAGAAGGAGAGAGUCCACGUGGGACGACAUAGUUCACUCAGCAGUGGACAUCAGAUCGCUGACAAAAAUUCUUCAAAAGAAAAUUAUAGUACAAGUACCGAAACUCAUUUGUGGCUCGUAUAAACUUCUGACUAAAUGUUGUGAAGACAAUGUAAUCAUUCGUUGCAAGAAAGACAAAUGGCCAGUUGAAGACGCUACAAACGCUGAGUCACAAGUGGACGUUGUGGUUCAGUUACAGCGUUCUGAGACUGGACAAGUCGUCAGCAAGAUUAGCUCAAUCAUGAUCUUAAAAACUACACCUGUCGUUUAUGAUCCUCUUGGACAAGAUAUAAAGCCUUUACCUUUACCUUCUAAUGAGCCAAGUAAUGAAGUUCAUUGUACGGAGACAAAUGCCAAAAUAGUAGAAUUGACACCCAUAACGUACCCUAUGAAUGAAUCUAUUUCACACAGUACUAUGUCUGUAAAAUCUGAGUGCAGUGUCCAAAUUAUUGAAAAUGAAAUCGACGAGACACUUGUUGAUGUUAUUGAUUGUGGAUAUAGUGAACACGAGGGCACCGAAUCUUCAAAGAACUCUUGUUAUAUAAUAUCGAGUGAUUCGAGUGACGCUUUAAAAGAAAUUUUGGAUAGAAAAGUUAAGCUUGCACAAAGAGAAAAAUGUAGUGACAUAUAUCCGGACGACUUGCGAUUUACAAUACAAAAGUUAACUAUGCAGAGUGCUUUGGCGGAGGAAAGUGGAGAAGAUUUAUCGCACUCAACAAAGAAGAAGUCGCCGACGCGAGCCCGAGUCAAGUCGCCAUACGAAAAUCAAUCGCUCAUGAUGGAAGAGAAGAAAAGAAAGAAGUUGUUAGAAAUAAGAGAAAGACGAGAAAAAAAGAAAAUGGCACUCGCUGAAAAUUGCAAAGUUACGAAGCAUAGGUUCGCAAAGGGAGGGGCAAUGCCACAAUCUGUUAGCUCUGUUACAAAACUAUCAAUAUCCAACAAGUCUUUCUACAAUUCUAUCUAUGGCCAGUCGAAUCCGGAUUCUGGUAGGCAAAGCAAAGGUAGAAAUCAACGGGGAGGGAAGCGAAACAUGCUGGAGAUUGACAUUUAUGAGAGAAAUCAAGACACCGCACCGUCUACUCCGGAGCGGAAUAGCAAAAAAUAUACCAACAGGAGCUAUUACUUAGACGAGACUGUCACUGAAAUGAUGCACCUGAAUAUGAAAAAAAAUGAGACCGAAGGAAAAGAAGUAUGCUCUACGUCUACUUCUGUCAUAUCCAGUGAUUUCCGAAACAAUUUAAAUUUACUUUCACAGCUGAUUGGUCCAUCUGAAACUGAUCUCGAAACGGUCAAUAAUGGCGUGACACAACAUAAAGAUAACGUAUCGAAUGCUGCGAGAGGCGACGAAAUUGCUGAGAAAAAUAAUCCAGAAAUAUUGCUUGGUUCUCAAACUAUACUUAAUAUAGUUCCAUCAAAUUCUCCAAUUGUAGACGAACACGAUAACUCUGAUCCCAAGAAGCUCAACACUUCAGUGGAAUGCAGAAAAAGUAUCGAUAAGAUAUAUACUUUGAUGAAAAAAUUGGAAAACGCCCAAAAUAUUAACAAUGAUAGUAAGUCACAGCCAUCGAAAAGUAAGUACAUCGCAAACAUUUCCGAAAAAAGCAAUGUCGCUGACGGUAGGACGCCCUCUCCAUACCAGACCAGUGAUAGUGGAACUAGCCUUAAACACCGCUUAACGUCCUCCAAUCCCAGUUCUUUUAGCUUUGGAAAAAGCAACACGGAAAGACUCAACGUUAAAUCCUUCAUGCAUCAAUCUGAAACUACGCCAGCCAUCGUUCCUAAGGUUAUCAUCAGCUCAAAACCAGCUCCUAAAACAGAUUCAGAAAAGACCAAAAAGGAGCGCAAACGACUUAUCCCCAGUCCUACAAUUAAGAUAGCAGAUAAUCCUUUGAAAGCAAUUUCACAACUUUUACAUGAAUUUGAAAAUGUACAAAAAAUAAGGCAAAAGUCCAGCACUGAACAAAAGUCUUUAAAGAAAAUGGAGGUGACAUCAUCCGAUGGUAAAACUGGAUCUCGGCAUAGUUCAUUUAAACGGCGCUCACGACUAGACCAACACAAUGACACUCAACCAGAUAGAUCUGUGAGAAUCAUUGUACCAAAAGAUAAGAAGCCUACUCGAUUAAUCAAAGAAAUGGAAGUACCGAAAAUUCCGUAUCAACAAAUACCUGUCGAAGAUAAAGAUAAAUUUCAAAAAAAGAAAAUUUUAGAUUUGUUAGACGAAGCUAAAGAAGCUAGAGGUGAAGCAGUUCGAGGUCCUUCCAAAUUAAAUUCUAGAUUAAAUUCUCUUGCGCAACCAAAGAGAUCGUACGUCCAGGCUCAUAGUGAAGAGUACCAAACUAAAUACGGUAAAACUUUAAUGGCAGAUAGACUGCAAAGGUUAGCAGCCUCUCAAACACAAUCCACCCUGGAAAGAAGCACAGCCUCUGUGAACUCUAGAAACAGAAUGAAGCGAGGCUCGGAGGCAAUGUCAACGGUGUCGAUGAAACAGUCGCCUCUAACUGUGCCGCCCUUAGAGCGAGCAUUUAGAACACGUCACUCGUCGUGCAGCAGCCCUGAAACUAAAGAAAGACUAAAUCACGGUGUGAGCCCCGUUAGACAAAGUGUAGUGCAGGAAGCGCCACAAACGUUGAAGAAAAAGAUGGUGGCAGUUGAAUCGUACGUGAAAAAUCAUUAUGGACGUGCUACAUCUGCUACUGUCGGCAACGAGUCUCAGAGCGUGCGGAAGUCGCGAGUUCCACUUCUGCCUAACGAUAUCGACUUGGCGUCUUCCACAUCGUCUCCAAAUGUCGGAGGGUCCACCGAGCUAGGAAGCAGACUACAUCAUAUUAUAAAUACAAUAAUAAAUCCUAAUACGCAAGGCUUGGAGGUACUGAAUGAAUGUCACGAAACCAAUUCUAAAAUAAGUAGAGAUAAAGCAAAUGACUACCCUGUCACUAAACAAGUAUCCAGGUGUGAACAGGUGUCUUCUGAUUCUGAGUACACCAUAGAUGUUUUAGAUGAUAACAAUGUAGUAACGUCUGUCGAAAACCUGGACAAAGCCUCUGAAAAUGAAAAGAAGCAAAUCAAUACUAUAGAGCCAGACGUUACUGAUAACAGUCUAACACCCUUGAAGUCUGUAACAGAGUUGGAAUCGUUACAAAAUGCUUUAUGUCAGCAUAUUUCUGUGGGCGCUUUUCAAAAAAGGUUGCGUCUUAAAAAUUUAACGUUAACUCCAAAACAGUCGGUGCACCCAGUAAUCGUGCUACAGUCAGGAGAUGCGGGCUCACUCGUAGUUCAAACUCCUCUCGCUAAUAGCUUUAAAGAAGCAAAAGAAAAUCUUUCCGACUUAACUUUACCCGUACUAUCAAAGCCUAAUCUAGAUUGGAAUUUUUCAAAUUUCCCUAUGCAAAUUUCAACCGUUGGUUAUGCUUUCCCAGAGUACGAAUCAAGAUCGCUUGUUAAAUUAUUUAACAAAGUUUCUAAGAAAGCGAAGAAAGUUACCGACCGUGACACUGAUCAUGGUAAACAAUGUUGUGAACCUACUGUUCAGGUUGACGUUGUACCCAAUACGUUAGUCACUGUAGGGAUAAGUACUACUCAGGUUAUAAAAUUGGACAAAAAGGAGGAGAUAAAUCAAGUUAAUACAAGGAAUACCGAACGUUUAACUAUUUUUAAUGAAAACGAGACAAUGAAAAAUACAUCUCACAAAGAUCAAACUCAAGCCACCUGUGAUCCCUCAACUGAUAAGAAAAAAGAUAGUGAUCCUGUAAAAAAUAAACAGGACCGUAUCAAGACAAUGAAAAAUACAUCUCACAAAGAUCAAACUCAAGCCACCUGCGCUCCCUCACCUGAUAAGAAAAAAGAUAGUGAUCCUGUAAAAAAUAAACAGGACCGUAUCGAAUACAGUACUUCCUUAGAUAUAUUAGUUGGACUCUUAAACGAAAUUCAAACCAUUACAACAUGUCAGACACAGAUUACGAACCAUGACAAAAGCCACAAUGAAAACCAACAUAAUAAGGAAUUGGAAACUAUUUUAAAUAAAGCCGCUGUGCUGGAGAACUCCAUCAAAAGUAGUCCUUGCGAUGCAAUGUCUUUUACGUCCCUUGACAGACUUCGACAGCUAGAGUCUAAUGCGAGUUUGUAUUCGUUUUAUUUAUCAGAUUGUGAGGUAUAUGAAAAGGAUUUGACAUCGGAAUUAAUGGAAAUGGACACUAAAACACUGCUAAAUGCCAAAAGAAUUUUCGUUGAUAAACAAGUUGGUGCAAAUUUGUCAAAUAAAGAAUUAGUUAAUAAAUGCACGAGUAUUCCUUCGGAAAUAUUUCCACCUAUGAAUGAAAGUAGUGACCUGACAAACUCUCUGAUAGAAGUACUUCAGAAACCGUCUAAUCAAUCAGUGUUCUCGUUUGAAUAUCAUUCGAUAUAUUCCGAAGGUUCGUCUCUAACUAGGGACAUAUUUAUGGAUAUUCCACAAAUUAUUGUCACAAGAGAGUCCAACCAGUCCCUAGCUUUAUAUGAAAUAAAUAAUGAACCAAUGGAAAAGCCAAAUGAAAAUAAAUUGUGUAGAAAGAAAACGGAAUCAUUUCAAAUAGAAACGAUUAAAAAAAGGGGAAAGGUAAAGUUAAAUAAAGGCAAGUUUCGACUGAAAACAGAGUUUGAUCCAAUUAUGAAAAUGAAGAGAGAUAUUUUGGUAACGGUUUACUCAAUUUUGGUGUUCACUGUUUUCGCUGCAUUGUCGUUUCCGGAAAUGUUGUAUCGUGUUUGAAGAUGUAUUGGGUCAUACGUAUACAGCUUCAUGUCAUAUCAUUGUCAUAGAUAUUCUUGUUUGCGUGUUAUGUGUGUACCUGCUUUAACAACAUCCUCAUUACUUUCCAUGUCGACUUUAUGCGAACCAUUUUCUAAAGUUUGCUAAACUAUUACGUUGAUUGGAAUCGAUAUGCGAAUGGAAAUGCACACCUUUUUGCCAGUGACCCGAUCUAGAGCUGUUAUUCCUUUAAAAACAUUAUUUACUACUCUACAGAUAUUAUGGUAUAC